CCUUCUCUUUCUCUCUUUCUCCCUGUCUCUCUUUUAUGAAAUCAAUGAACGAGUUAUUGGGUAGGACAUAAAUAUAAGGAAUCAAAGCCUCCACCGGGACCAACGGCAUUGCGCGCUUUUGAUAUGCGUCUUCGCCAAAUGCUACAUGUGUUUUCACAUCAGUGUAAAUAUUGGCUUUGAUAGGACGAGAGCGGAAUCAGCUCUGGCACGACUUGGUCUCGGAACCACAUUUUGACCAAGACUUCCACCAGCUUUUUUAAACAUAAAACGAUUCUCCACCAUCACCAUCUGCUGCUGUUGUACCCAUCCCAACUCACUGGCCGGUCCGAAGAUGGCAACUUUAACCAACGGGCAGGUGGACGGCACGGUGCACGGAGUCGGUGUGGUCUCCGCCAGCACGAACGGGCUCGUGAACGGAUUAAGCCACAGCCACAGCCCGGUGGGCUGCCCGGCCACCAUCCCCAUGAAGGACCACGAUGCCAUCAAACUCUUCAUCGGUCAGAUCCCCCGCAACCUGGACGAGAAGGACCUCCGGCCCCUCUUCGAGGAGUUCGGCAAGAUCUACGAGCUCACUGUGCUGAAGGACCGCUUCACGGGCAUGCACAAAGGCUGUGCCUUCCUCACCUACUGUGCCAGAGAGUCGGCCCUGAAAGCCCAGAAUGCAUUGCACGAGCAGAAGACCCUGCCAGGGAUGAACAGACCAAUCCAGGUGAAGCCAGCAGACAGUGAGAGUCGAGGAGAAGACAGAAAGCUCUUUGUGGGCAUGCUCAACAAGCAACAGUCAGAAGAUGAUGUGCGGCGCCUCUUCGAGUCCUUCGGCAGCAUCGAGGAAUGCACUAUCCUCAGAGGUCCCGACGGAAACAGCAAAGGCUGUGCAUUUGUAAAAUACUCCUCUCAUGCUGAAGCUCAGUCAGCCAUCAGUGCACUACACGGCAGCCAGACAAUGCCUGGGGCCUCAUCCAGUCUGGUGGUAAAGUUCGCCGACACGGAUAAGGAGCGCACCAUACGCCGCAUGCAGCAGAUGGCUGGUCAGAUGGGCAUCUUCAACCCUAUGGCCCUGCAGUUUGGAGCCUACGGAGCCUACGCACAGGUGCAGCAGCAGGCAGCGUUGAUGGCAUCUGUAGGCCAGGGAGGCUACCUCAGUCCAAUGGCGGCCUUUGCUGCUGCCCAGAUGCAGCACAUGGCCACCAUCAAUGGCCUCCCAGGAGCACCGCUAACCCCAACAUCAGGUGGCAGUACCCCUCCAGGCAUCAGCGCCCCCACAGUGACCAGCAUCCCUUCCCCCAUUAGUGUAAAUGGUUUUACUGGCAUGCCGCCCCCCCAGGCAAAUGGGCAGCCUCCUGCAGAGGCUGUCUUCACCAACGGGAUACACCAUUAUCCUGUGUUGCAGGAGGUGGUUUUUAGGGAGGACUCGGAGAAAAACGGCUUGGGCGUGGCUCCGCGGAGUUGUUUUGGGGUUCAGGGUGGCUGCUUCCUCUCCUCUCUCUCUGAAGCUCAAAGUCCCACUGCAGCUGAUCCUCUCCAGCAGGCUUACACAGGAGUCCAGCAGUAUGCAGCAGCCUACCCCGCUGCAUACGGCCAGAUCAGCCAAGCCUUCCCCCACCCUCCACCCAUCAUUCCGCAGCAGCAACGAGAAGGACCAGAGGGUUGCAACCUGUUCAUCUACCACCUCCCUCAGGAGUUUGGGGAUGGAGAGCUGAUGCAGAUGUUCCUGCCUUUCGGUAAUGUCAUCUCCUCCAAAGUGUUUGUGGAUCGGGCGACAAACCAAAGUAAAUGCUUUGGGUUUGUGAGCUUCGACAACCCAGGUAGUGCCCAAGCUGCCAUCCAAUCAAUGAACGGCUUCCAGAUCGGCAUGAAAAGACUCAAGGUGCAGCUGAAGAGGCCAAAGGACGCCAACCGCCCCUAUUAGCCCCUGCCCCAGCCAGCCGCCUCCACCCUGGUGGCCGGGGCAGCCGUCGCACACAGGGAAAGACAGGUUUUGUUGAGCUGAAUCAUAUGUUGACUACUUGCUACCCGCCACUGAGUGCAAACUCAACAUCUGGACCACUGAGGCUGCUUCAGAAACAGAGGAGAGAGAGAGAGCGAUGACCGAGUCAAGGACAUCUCCUUUUGGAUGUACUAAAACUUUGGAACUCAGAGAGAAUUUGUACCAGCCUGGUUAGCCCCAGGACCUUUUUUCUUCUGCACACAUAUACACACCUCUUUCCCCCCACAAAACCCUGCUUGAAUGACAGCUACCUUUUCUGGACCACUAAAACUUUUACUUGAACAAUGAGAGAAGAAAAAGUAAAAGAAACUAUAUCAAACCUACUUACAAUGACCAACCCCACUGAAUUCUUAAAGGGAAUAUGGGCGUCAAAAGUCCAACAAGAACAAAACUUUUUAAAGAGUGAAUAGAGGAUUGCCGUAGGAGAUCUUUCUGUCAGAUGGUUUGAGUUUGUGGCAAUUGACUUUUGAAGACCAAUUUAUAAGACUUGAAACAAGAAGGGACAAGAAAUUCUCAGAGAGAGAACUUAAAUAGGGAAUGUGAUAUUUUCAGGACACAAAUUGGCUUCGAUUUGGGACGGCCAUCUUUAGCUCGGAGUGCCUGUCUGUUUCCAGGGGAUACCGCUGCCAAGGAGAGCCAUUGCAACGGUCUCCAGGGAGUCUUACCUGUCAUUCCUUAGUUGUUUUAGGGACCAAAAGACCAAACGUUUUUAUUGCUGAAGACUUGUAGCUCUAAUAUACUCGGACCACUGCAUCUCUUUCAGUCAGUGUUAACUGGUUGAGGAGUUGUACUUAAAAGACAUGUACAUUUCGAAUAUAUACAACACAUGUAUAUAUACAUAUAUAUUGCUGAUAUGCUUUUUGAAUACAGGCAAAACUAUUUCAGAUGGCCAAAUGGGGUCUCUCACUACGCUAGUUUACAAUUACUCAAAAUGUUUAUUUUUUUC